UGUACAACUCCUUGUCUUCCUCUUUUUUUCGGUCAUUCGCUUUUGGUUUUCUGCUCCUGAUUGUGUUUACUCCUUCCUGCCCCCUCCCAUUCAUCUGCUUUUGCAAUCUCUCCAUCUACAAAGAGCAGGCAAAGCGACAGCAACAUCAUUCUGCCUUAUCAUGGAAAUACAGUGACACAAUACAAGGGACACAAGAAAAGCAAGAGCAACACCCUGUCUCCGGGUCUUGUAUCCAUACGACUAGUCACAGAUUCUGGACAUGUCAAUCAUGGAAGAAGCUGGCGUCCAGAAACCUGUUUGGGAUGGAGAUGCCAAAGCUGUUCAGCAAUGCCUAACGGAUAUUUUUACAAGUGUAUAUACCACCUGCGAUAUCCCUGAAAAUGCCAUUUUUGGCCCCUGUGUGCUGAGUCACACUUCCCUGUACGACAGCAUAGCUUUCAUCGCUCUCAAGUCUACAGACAAGAGGACUGUACCCUACAUAUUCAGGGUGGACACUUCAGCUGCAAAUGGCUCCUCCGAGGGACUAAUGUGGCUCCGUCUGGUUCAGUCAGCAAGGAACAAAGAAGAGCAGAAUUUGGAAGCCUACAUCAAAAACGGGCAGUUGUUUUAUAGAUCACUGCGUAGGGUUGCUAAAGACGAGGAACUCUUGGUUUGGUAUGGAAAGGAACUGACUGACCUUCUACUUCUGAGCCCCACAAGCAGGACCCCUGUAAAAAACACAGUUUCAUCCCAAUCAAUAUGCCUGGAGUGCAACCAGAAGUUUCAGUUUGAAUUCCCCUUUGUGGCUCACGUAAGGUUCCGAUGCCCCAAAAGACUCCAAGGCUCGGAUUCGAAUUUAGAACACGCAAGCAAGGACAACAGAGAGUUGGAGCCUCGAAACACCAUGUCAGCUUCAGCCAAAUACAACAAACUGACCUUCUAUCAACCUCAAAAGGAAAACCACAAACCUACAACAGACUUUCACAAUCUGGCAAGGGACAUGGAAAAUGUCAGGGGAUCUUCCUCUUCAUUCAGUUCCUUGCCUAACAAGGCAAACUUGACACGGCAAGACCCAGAUUCCACGCCUGAUGGCCUUCACAGAGCCAAGAGGAAAUAUGAUGAAAAUCAAGAAGAAAGUAGAUCUAAAAAGAGUGAUGUCUCUGGUAGGUUCUUGGACAGACCAAUACCUUCCUCUAAAGAGGAUUUAGUUUGUAGCCCUCAGCCUUUCAGAACCAGCUCCUAUUAUAAUUUGGAAGAAAGUGGACAGUUAUUUGCACCACCUAGUCCAGAAACAGGGGAAGCCAAAAGAAGCGCCUUUGUAGAGGUGAAAAAAACCUCUAGAGGAGUUGAAGACCUUAACGCUGAGCAUAAAUCCAUGUCCCCAUCCCAUUCCAAUAGUCCAAGUGAGCCUAAGCGGCUGCAGGUGAGACCAGAGAACCAGGCUGGGGAACGUUCCCCUAUAACUAGUGCAUUCAGCAGCGUACCCCAGAUGACAAACCUGGAGCAGGAGAGAAAAAGCGCAUUCUCCCAACCAACUAGAAGUGGCUUCAAUCACAUUUCACCUCUGCAGGUCAUGGGUCAAAAAAUAAUAUCCAGUGGAAUUAAUUUAGAUUGUCCAGGAGAAAACGUGGGUACAGCUAGGCUCUUCCAACCUGAUCCUCUGUCAGUGAAGCUUCAGAGCCCGGAAAUAAAUGGCAACUGCACACUACAGGGCAGCUUGCCCAAACAAAGUCCUUUCCUCUUUGCCACCACGUUCUGGCCCAAAAGUUCAGCAGGUCCUCUCCAGCUGCAGAUGCCCUCAACUCUCACCUUGUUACCCCCAUCCUUCACUUCCCUCUGCUUGCCAGCGCAAAACUGGUGUGCCAAAUGUAAUGCGUCCUUCAGAAUGACCUCGGAUUUGGUAUAUCACAUGAGGUCCCACCACAAAAAGGAAUAUGCAAUGGAGCCUCUAGUAAAGAGGAGGAGGGAAGAGAAGCUAAAGUGCCCCAUUUGCAAUGAGUCCUUCAGGGAACGCCACCACCUGUCCAGGCAUAUGACCUCUCAUAACUAGGUCUGUGUUAUACCACAAGUGAUGGACCUCUAAAUACUCCCACAGUUUUACGCUGGGGCAUGAGCUUUGAACGCAAAUGUGUGAGGGUAUUUUCCUCUCUAAAUGCACGCAUUUUCACUUUCCAAAAGUACAUUUUUAAAAAUGUCAUAUAUAUUGCAGCAUAUUGAUGCAUUUGUCAUAUCUUUUUACUUAAAUUAUUAAGCACUUAUGGUUUAGGUGUAAUAUCAAUAAUUAUAUGUAUUUUUUUGUUGUUAUGAUUUUUUCCUAUUUUGGAUAACAAAGAUUAUAUGGGUGGGCAUAGUUCCUUUGUGUAAUUCCUCACAACAUUCGUGUUCCUACCAGAUCAGUAUAAAUAUUAUUAUUACAGAGGACUCUCUAGUUAUGGAGGAGAUGCAUGGACAAUACAUCACCGCAUAAUCAUGGACUCCAAAUAGAACCUCAUCAACUUGUUUCCUAUCAAUGCAAAAAACAUGUUAUAUUGUGACAGUGAAAUGAAGUAUAAUCCCCUUUUCUUUGUUUUUUUCUGUCCCACCAUCCCGAUUUGGAAAAGAAGGGAUUUAUUACACUUUAUAGGUUAUCUGGGUAUGUUGGAUGCUUUGACAAUAAAUGACUUUAUUUUCUGCAAAA